UCUCUCUCUCUCUCUCUAAAGCUGAAACCCACCCACUAUCUGAUUCCAACUGUUACAUGUACAAGUGUAGGGAUUGAUUUGCUUCUCAUCUCUUUGGUUUGGUUUGGUUUCAUAUAGUGGACUCUCACACCAAACUCAUUUCACCCUAUGUUGGCCAACAACAACCACACCAACACUACUGCCUCUGCUGCACCACCUCCUCCCUCUUCUUCCUCCGAUCACCACCACCAUGCCUUCAAUCCCGUAGAUAAUGGAGCUGCACCACCGCCGCCCACCGCAAACAAAAGAAAACGCCGACCCGCCGGCACCCCAGAUCCGGAUGCAGAAGUGGUGUCCUUAUCCCCCAAGACAUUACUUGAAUCAGACCGUUACGUGUGCGAGAUCUGCAACCAGGGCUUCCAGAGGGACCAGAAUCUUCAGAUGCACAGAAGAAGACACAAGGUUCCCUGGAAGCUGCUGAAGCGGGAAAUACAGGAUCAGGUGAAGAAGAGAGUGUUUGUCUGCCCGGAACCGAGCUGCCUCCACCACGACCCUUGUCACGCCCUCGGCGAUCUAGUCGGAAUCAAGAAACACUUCCGGCGAAAGCACAGCAACCACAAGCAAUGGGUGUGCGACAAGUGCUCCAAAGGCUACGCCGUACAAUCCGAUUACAAGGCGCAUCUCAAGACCUGUGGAACCAGAGGACAUUCCUGCGACUGUGGCCGUGUGUUUUCCAGGGUGGAGAGUUUCAUUGAGCACCAAGACACUUGUAGCGUGCGACAUGUUAUCCGGCCAGAAUUGCAGGCACUUCAGCCGGCGGCGGCCUGUUCAUCACGGACAGCAUCGAGCACGAGCCCCUCCAGCGACGGCCAUUUCAGUAUUAAUAACAACAAUGCAUCUCUGCCGAUGCCCGGAUUACCAGUAAUGCCGAAGCCGAAUGAGCAUUCCGUCGUCUUUAUAAGCUCCCACGAGCGGCGGGAGGGUAACCGUUCCACUUCUAAUCACCAUCACCAUCACCAUCAUCAACAGCAACAGCCACAAGAUCAAGAACAAGAGCAUAUGUUGGAACUUAAACUCCUUCCAUCGUCAGACGCACAAACCUCCCCUCGAAACGAACAAGAAAACUGCGGAACGCAUUUGAAACUUUCCAUCGGCGGCUCAUCACGGGGUGGUGGUGGUGAUCAGAAGAACGAAUCGCCUCGAAGCUCUUCGAGGGAAAUGUUGAACGCGAACAUUGGUAUUAUUGGUGGUAGAGCGAGUUGGGAGGUAACGAGGCUGAAAGACUUCGCCUCGGAGGAGUUGAAGUUGGCCAUGUCGGAGAAGGCCUACGCCGAAGAAGCGAGACGGGAAGCCAAGCGGCAAAUAGAGAUGGCGGAGGUGGAGUUCGAAAACGCAAAGAGAAUCAGGCAACAAGCGCAGGCGGAGCUUCAGAAGGCUCAGCUGCUUAAAGACCAAUCCAGCAAGAAAAUCUCCUCCGCCAUUAUGCAAAUCACUUGUCCCUCUUGCAAGCAACACUUCCACGCCGGAGUGGGACCCUCCGACGAGACGACGACGACGUCGCUGGGCAUGAGCUACAUGUCCUCCGCCACAACCGGAGAAGGAGAAGGAGAACAAUGAUCGAGGAUGGUGAUGAUCAUUACGACGACGACCACAACAACAUGCACUAGGUGUUGAUUAAAGGGGGCAUUCAAUUUGUUUGUUUUUUUGUUUUUGUUUUCACAUGCAGUAAGGCGUAUUUAAGCAGAUCCCAUUAUCUUUUUUCCUCUACUUUUUGUCAGUUAAUUAUUACUGCUGUA